CUAAGAUAACAAAGGCUAACAGUUCGGGGUCCUAUCUUCAACAGUUUCCACUCUUCACUCCACCACUGCAAGGAUUCUAAUGAAACGUACGCUACGAAUUACAGGGCUCUUGAGGGGUAUCCGUUAGAGCCUCGUUCCUUGACUUGCAUUAAAGCAUGAAAAUAGCCGGCUAAUUCUUUUCUCUCGACUUGGGUGUUGGUUUUCUUUCUGGACCUACAUACUUUUGUCGUCUGUGAUACCAUGCAUUCAGGCCUCGAUGAAGUCCUGACUAUCAAGGGUGGCCUCACAGCCGUGCUGGGUAUAGUUGGUUGCUGGAUUGCCUACCAUACUCUUCUCUUUAUAUAUAACAUCUCACCAUUUCACCCUUUGGCCCAGUUCCCAGGCCCAAAAAUUGCAGCAGCGACGUACCUGUACGAAGCAUACUACGACUGGUGGCUACUAGGGCGCUAUGGCCACGAAAUUAAACGCAUGCACGAAAAAUAUGGACCUGUCGUUAGGAUCAAUCCGGAUGAGCUUCACUGCAAUGACCCAUACUUCACCAAUGAGAUUUAUGCUGUGGGAGGUCGCAUUCGCGACAAGUGGCAACACCAGUUGAAUACCGGAGCUGUUGGUCCAGUAGCAGUGACCGGUUUCUCUACCGUUCCGCAUGAACUGCACCGCAUUCGUAAAGAUGCCUUAUCGAGGUUCUUUUCAAAGGGCCAAACGCUGAAGCUCGAAAGCGAGGUACACGAUUUCUCUCAGCGUACUAUCAACAAGAUGUUGCGGUAUGCCGAUAAAGGUCCGUUUGACGUAAAGGAAGCAUUCAACUGCUUCACGGCCGAUAUAAUCUCGCAAUAUGCGUUUGGCGAACCUAUGGGUUUUGUCGACCAGGAAGGUUGGGAACCUAACUUUGCCACUUGGGUCAAAAGCUUCUUUCAGAGUGCUUACAUGAUGAGACACAACGCCUUAGCCAGGAACCUCGGAGCGAUUGCUAUCCCACUGGCGACUCGUCUGAGUAAAGAUUUGAAGACCGUAAUGGACCAGAUGACGGUAGUGAUACCACGAUACGUGGAAAAGGCCAUCAAAGAUCCGGAUAAUGGUCGGGUUUUCGCGGAACUCAUGGACUCAAAGAUCCUGCCACCCGAGGAGAAGUCCACCUAUCGUCUGUCAGGGGAAGGCUUCAACUUCUUGCUGGCAGGUACGGAGACCACUGCCGCGUCACUGACAGUCAUCACUUAUUAUCUUUUGGCACAACCACAGACCUACGCAUGUUUGAUGGAAAGUCUGCACGGCACCGACCCAUCGAACCUCAAAUGGACAGAUCUGGAACAGAGGCCCUACUUGUGGGCCGUAAUUCAUGAGUCGUUGCGAAUGAUGCCUGGCGUGUCACACAGAAGUGCCAGGAUAGCGCGAGACGAAAACUUGUUCUACAAGUCCCAGGACGGCAAUGUCGAAUGGGUUAUUCCGAAAGGCACCCCUAUCGGUAUGACUUCGAUGCUGAACCACUUCGACGAGAGCCUGUUCCCAGAUCCAAAUGAAUUUCGACCGGAGCGGUGGUUGUUGCCAGACGGUCAACCGAAUCACAAGCUUCAGAAAUUUCUCAUCGCAUUUGGAAAGGGUAGCCGAUCCUGCAUCGGUGAGCAGCUGGCUUAUUGUGAGCUCUAUAUCAUGGCGGCUGCUAUGGCACUUCGAGUUUUGCCGCGCGCCACACUUCAUGAUACCACCGUCGAAGAUAUUUCAUAUGAUCAUGAUCUCAUCGUGGUCCAGACAACCAAAGGUUCUAUCUCUGUCAAAAUCACUUUAACUUGAAGUUCCAGUGUAGGCGAAUCGGGCGUGGUUGCUGUCGGUCAAAUGCUCUCCUAGCUCACACUUGAUAUAACCAUUGGUUUUGACAAGAAUGCGAGGUGAUCGCC